UUCUCAAUUUGCAAACAUCAGUCCUACGAUCUCGGGCUGGCGUAUAUAUACUGUUGUAUGAUGCAAACAGAGCCAGUCGACUGCUAUUUUGUUGUUUUUCUGUGUCAUCGUUAUUACAGUUUAGCUUCUGUCAGUCAUAGUAAACACUUCGACGGUGGAACUAACCAGUGUGUUGGUAGUGGAAUAUUCAAUGGCUGAAUCUUUGAUAAACAUUGGCAUUAUAGCUCAGCAAGAAGAAAUGGUUAAAGCCGACGUCGAUUCUGGGGAUUAUGAAGAUUCAUCCAGCGGCAGUGAUAGAUCUUACGAGGGAGACGAUUUUGACAACAACAGCCGAGGUGAUUCCGGAUCGGGUGGCACUCACGUAAGUGCCCAUGCAAUUCGCCCCCGAAGAAAACGGCGUCACGGUAGUCAUGGCAGUAGACGACAUAAAGGGGGUAGUCGGCACAAGCACAAAAGUGUACAGUACAAGCCUUAUCCCCCUCGAGAAGAGAUAAAGCUUAAAAGAAAAUCUCAAGAACUCCAGGAAAAAGAAAACGCUGCUGCUGUUGUCCGACGCGAUGGUGCUGAUCAGCAGUAUAUGACUUUUCCAGUGGCUCCAUUUAAUUCUACCCAGUAUUUGAUGGAUGAGCACAGUGUUAGCUCCCCUGCUGGAUUAAGUAAAACUCCUAGCAGUUCAAGGCUUAAUCAACUAUCUCCACAAAGCCUUACAAUACACUCUGUGCCAUCAACACCAGCUGAUGGUAACCAUGGGUGUAUACACUUUACCAAAAAAGACAAAGAAUUUACUGACAUCUACACAACUGUUCAUGCUGAAAGUUUGCAAAGUCUCCCCAAAGAAGAACUUGUCAAGCAUUACAUGAGUCUUGAAGAAAAAGUUGCAGCCCUUCAGAAAAAAGUUGCGGAGGCUGAACAGAUGAAGCAGGAUGAUGACUUUGGGACAAAGAUGUAUGAUGGGGACAAGGACUGUGUUUGUGAUUCAGUUUGCUGCUCUGAUACAAAUUCAUUAUCAAGCAGUAAUGAAGAAUAUGUUGACCUCAAUGUAGUUAACUCAAGCCUCAUUUCAGUUGAAGCUCAAGUCUGUCCCACUUCAAACAACCCUGAACUGUUAUGUGAAGCCAAAGCCAGUGUUGUUAGUUAGUGAUCAGUAUUAUUAGGUAUUGUAUUGAUAGAAAACUUGAUGCUUUAAAACUAUGUAAUACUUUACAAAUAGAUCUAACUACUAUAUUAAGAUAACUUAUUGAUGGUCAGGUUAUUAGGCCUACAGUGAACAUUGUUUAAUAUUUAUUUAAGCAGUAUGAUUUUAUUUUACUAGGCCAUCACUUUCUUCUGUGACCAUAAUACAAUAGAGUUGCUGCUUUUUAAAAAAAAAUUUCAUUAGGCUUAUUCACUUUGUCACAUGUUAAUUAAUGUUUAAAAACAACAAUGAUUAUUUCUUGUAAUUUGGUAUUGAUUCUUUACCUUAGAUUUUUAACUUAUUUUAGUUUCAGUAAUUUGCUACACUACACAAUUUUGCCAGACAUCAAAAUUUACACUCAGCAUUAGAUGACAUAUGGGUAUAUAAAAUUUAGGUUGACCGUUUAAACAUUUGUGGAGAGAUGUAGGCCUAUUCAUUCUGCUUAGUCUUUCUUCCAUAUGGUCUGCAUUUUUUCAAUGUGAGUUCUUUAAUGGUUUUGUCAUCUCUUUAUUUUGCUUAAGUUGUUUACUGCAUAGUUUCUGUUAAAAAGUUGAUUAGUGGCAUUGUUAACUAUUGUAUGCCCACUAGUUAAAUGUUUUUUCUUUAAAAGUUAUGAAUGAAGCAUGAAUUAUCUAAUGUACGGUAGUUUAAAAGAAAGUUCUAUUGUUUUCAAAAGUCAGACUUGUGCAAAUGUUUUACAUAGCUACUCCUGCAUCAUCCAUUAUAUGUAAUCAUGCUAUCAUGUGCCAUGCAAGAAACUAUUACCUGCAUUUGUUUUUCAAGAUUUCCAAAUGUGUGUCAGAUUAUGUUAAACAUCUUUAAAUUUUUUAGUUUCCUUUGUUUACUUGAAGCAUUUCCUGCUAACUUUCAUCAAUUUUUUUGUCAAUACUGUUUUCAAGAUUAUGUAUAGAUCUAGUGUAUCAGAAAAUUUGUUUUUAAUUUUAAAUUUGCUACUUCUGUUUUAGAUAUUAUGCAUUUUUAAACCAAAUUAAAUUUAUAGGUGUAUACAUUUUUUUCAUUUGUUUUAUCUUAAGUGUAAUUAGUAAUAAAAAAUGCAUUCCGUUCUGUAUGUGGACAAACUUUUACAUCAUUGUCGGUCAUGGUGUUAAGAUAACCCUGGUUCUGUGAAAAUUAGGCAACUGAACUCCUUUCCUGGUCUUGUGUGAUUUAAAAACUUUGAAAUUUGGUUACUCAAAUAUAUCUAUCCUGCCUCCAUAAACAUGCAUAAGGUUAGCGUGGGUUGUGGCACACUGGUUCUAGAGUAGGCUCUUUCAUCCUGUUCUGUUAUGCUUUUACUUGAACCUUAAGUUUUGCUCUAUUGUAUUUUUAAAACUUGUGUCCUUUUUAACCAUCAAUUAUGCUGUAAUUUUUUAAAACCCAUACUUGCCAAGACUAGUAAUGUUGCCAGUAAAAGUGCUAAAAUUAUGGUUUGUAGUUUUAUUGGCAAAUAAUUCUAACAUGCAUAUAUAAUGCAGUUGUUGUAAUAAUCUUAUGUUCUCUGCUCAUAUUGCAGUGUUUUCAGACUGGUGUCUAAAUUACUUGCAUUUCUUUUGAUGUGCCCAUUAUUAAAUAUAAUUUCACAAGUCAUUUAAUUUAUUGCAGUUUUUUCUUUAAGAAGUUGAAAUUGAAUGCAAUUGUAAACUAAAGACAUACCGAACUAGUCUUGUUUAUAAGAUUUUUAUACUAUAUUAGUAUAUUAUCAUGAUUUACAAUUUAAAAAACUGCAUUUAGAUGCUGUGAAGAUUUCUUUUUUUUUUAAAUGAAAAGCAAAUUUUAAUUCUUCAUAUACUUCACCAAAACUAGUAGGUAUGUAAUGUAGUCAGGCAGCACAUUUGAAUGAGGGCAUUUGAGUCUUUUAUUUACCUUAGUAAUCAUUGAGUCAUAAGUUACUAUUCAUAUACAGUACACCAUAUUGAAAUUGUAAAAAUGUAUAACAAAAGUAUACCUUUACAGUACAGUGAAGGAUUUUUAAACCAAUUGAGAGCUGUUAGGAAUCUCAGUUUUUUUUUGUCUACGUACUACUUGAUCUAGUUUAAAGAAAAUGUUAUAAUUUUCGUUUUAAAUUUAGGAGGUAACUUUUUGUUGGUUAACUUCUGAACUAUUCCUAUCUUAAAAUAAUUGGGUAGGAUAUUUUGAACUUGAGCACAUAUUUUGAAAUACCUGUAGGGCCUACUUGCAAUUCUUUAAUUCCUCAGUAAUAUAGCUUAGAUUAUACAAGGGAUAUAAUUUUACCAUUAUAUAUAUUGUUUUGGUUAUUGCCCUUGAAUUAUUGAUUAUUUGCAUGUAAUAUUGAAAAUGUUAAUGCAGGUGUUAGUGAUAAUGUUAUAUAAUCUGUAUCUGAUGAAUUGAAUAAAGGCUUUCUUCAAAAUUAGCAUGUUUAUCAUCUAAAGAUUACUUGGCAUUAGAUUAAUGCUUUUUGAAUGCAAAUAAUAAAAUGAUUAGAUGGGGAAAAUAUCUCAUACAGGUUUUAACUUUUUUUUUAAUUAAAAAAAAAGCAUUUUCUAAUGAUAGGUAAUCUUUUCUCCUCAGUUGUUCAUGUUUGUAGUUGAGGUUUUUUUUUUUAUUUGAAAAGGGAAAGAAAAAGUGUAGUAACAAACAUUGAUGCCAAAAAAACUCACUAUCAUCUGUUCGGCCUAUCACCUCAUCUGAAUGCAAACCAAAAUAUUAAAGUCAAUAAAAAACUUAGUCUCAAUUUAUUGUAUCUUGUACCCAGUAUAUAGCCAUAUAUUGUGUUAUUUUUAUACAAAAUAUUUUAGCACAAUAUUUGUGACGCAUUUUGCCAUGGUCUUUCCUUUUUCAAGUUUGUUGGGUGUUUAACUCAACAUGUUAUUUUGAUAUUUUCCAUGUAUGAAACAUAUUAUAUCAUUUUGUUCAUACAUGUUUAUUUUUCUUUUAUAUUAAAAGUAAACAAUGUUAUAUAACCACA